AUGAUCUCGUGUGCAAGCGCGAAGCCGGCAGGGAGAGGCCACAGCAGCCCGGCCUGGUCCGGCUCCGGCCUGGCUCCGGCUUCCCUCCACCUCCGUCUCCCCUGGGGUUGCUCUGGCAUUCUUGUGCCUGCCACCAUGCACUCGACUGGGCCUCAGAGGGCCGAAUCUCCCACGAGUAAGCAGCAGGAGAAGGAUGCAGAGCUGGACCGAAGGAUAGCUGCCCUCCGCAAGAAGAACCAGGCCUUACUCCGCAGGUACCAGGAAAUCCAGGAAGAUCGACGGCAGGCGGAACAGGGGCCCACAGCUGGGGCCCCUAUGGAGCAACUCCAGCCCAAUGGCCUCACCGUCACCAUCAGCCAGGGGAAACGGGUAGUCAGCCAGAACUGGGUGCGACGCCCACUGACGCUGGAGGAUGAAGAGGUUAGAGCUUUCUGCUUGGGAGACCGGGUGGAGCUGGCAGUGACUAUGGAGAACAAAGCCAAGGCCAAGCGGAUCGUCAGUGAGAAGCCCCCUGGAGCUCGAAACCAUGGGGCUCGGGCCCAGAGCCUCUCCACACAUCCAGCCAGCAACUCAGCUUCGGCCAGGAAGGUGCUUCUUCAAGAAAGACCUGCUGCUGCCACCCCCAUGUCAGACAUGAGGAACGAUCCUCAGAGGGUUCUGUGCUCCCCGAAGGCUGCUGGGGAACCCUUGAGUCCAGGCCGGGGGUUCGCCCCUGGGUCCCGCUGGAGCUCCCCAGAUGUGGGCUGGGACUACGCUCAGUGGAAGCAGGAGCGGGAGCAGAUUGACCAGGAGCGCCUGGCUCGGCACCGGGAUGCACAGGGGGACUGGCGGCGCCCGUGGGAUCUGGACAAGACCGCACCCAUUAGCAAAGCCGUGGGACACAGUAGUGUCCUUCUGCCACUUCCUUUCCCCUUGUCUGUCCAUACAGGCCACAGCACUUCAGCAAACCUCGGGAAGAUGAUGCGGCCAGGGCGGGCAGUGCCAGGGUCUGAGGAGGGUCCCCUGAAGGGGUUGGCUGGUCCCUUCACUGGGCUCUCAAUGAAGCUGAGAAAGGGCUCUCCUACAAUGGAACCCCACCCUCUCCCCAUUCCCUUUACCUCUUCAGGCCCAAGGAGCCCCCGAAAACCUCAGCCCUCACUAUCACCUCCUGGUGGCAAAGGUGGUACUCCUCGGGGUGGGCAAUCCAGCAGACCUGUUGGGGCACCAGCCUUCCGCAACAAGGCCUGGGGGAUGGAAAGGCUGACAGGCAGGGCCCGCAGGUGGGACAUGAAGGAAGGCAAGGAGCCUGAGAGACAGGAGGGAGGCCAGAGCAGCCGAAACCCUGCGAGCGAGGAAGCAAGGCCUCAGGAACAGGCCAGGCCCGAGGGACCGGAGCUGGAGCCAGAAGUGGCGCUGAACUCAGAACUAGAGCCAGGAAGCCCCACCAGCCCCUGCCUGGCCUCCCCAGAGGGGUCAAUGGUGGAGCCAGCAACCGCAGCAGCCACUGUGGUCCCUCCCUCCCCACCACACACUGAGCCAACUCCCCUUGACCUUUCUCUUGGCGGGGCCAGUAGCUUCAGAUCUAGGGAGAGCACAAGUGUGGUUGGCUCCAAGCAGGGAGCCCAGGAGAGCUCUGAGUCCCGGCCUCAGGGCUCCGAGCAAUCCUAUGGCUGGAGCUGUGCCCAGGCAGCACCGGAAAUCCAGACUUGUCCUGAGUCACCAAGAGGAUCCCACCCCCCAGAAACUAGAGAGGACAGCAAGGUUGGGGACCAGCAGGGCCUGGCGCCGCAAAGCCGGCCUCCCAGAGGAGCUGGACAAAGGACAAGGGGUACAGGAGGUGGGAGAGGCAGAGCAGGGGGUCCUGGCCAAGCAAAGAGGUGCUGAGCAAGCUGCGG